AUGGGAUGCUCGAAAUAUUUUGUUGCAGGUUUUGGAAUUGGAAGUAUGAUACAGAGUGGGCUACAUUUUGGGGAGUUAUUUGACACACACCCCGACCCCCCUACUCACCCCUGUAAAAACAUCGCUGAAGGAGCCCGGCCUAUUUUACAUCUCAUAUUCACAUUUGUUCAGCUUUAUUUUGUUUUCUUAAAUUCCAAGAUGUGCAUACAUCGAUAUAAAACAGUGGCGAGGUUUGGGUUGAUGCACAUGGUGGCUACAAACCUUUGUGUUUGGGUCCAAAACAUUGUCCAGGAGACCUUGCGUGAAAUCAGGCCUCUUUAUGAAACAGAUGUAGGCACCAAUGAGACAACAGACUCGGAUGUCCAAAAUCAGACAAGAUAUCGCUUAGGUUGUACUAGGAAUUCUUUGAUGUCAGACGUUGUGGAGACAUCUAGUUCUUACUUGUAUCCAUGUACCAUUGAAUAUAGUCUCAUCUGUGCAGGAAUUUUGUACGUUAUGUGGAGGAAUAUCGGGAAUAAUGGGCGGGCACCUGAGGAGAUAACAGGUGACGAGGAAAGUAAAGCUAAAUCUCACCGGAUGACGGUCGACUGUUCCCGCUCUAGUCGUGGACUCUUUUUGGGAAUUUUUAUCCUCGUUGGAACAGUCAUUACCAUGAUAACAUUCUUUGUACUCAUUAGGUCGCACAGUUAUCUCAAUACGGCCGUCAAACUGGAACAUUUAUCCGCUGUGGUUAUUUACGUGGUGACGUCAAUUGCCGUCGUGCUGGCAUUCCACAGAAUGCAGACGUUACGAGUGAAUUCUGAGCGGGAAUUGGAUCUGGAGGAGUCGUUGCUUCUGCUGGGUCUAGGGGGUCUGUAUGUGUUUACUUUUUUCAGUAUUAUUGCCGCCUCCAUGAAAAAGGGACCCUCGGAUUACUUAGUCAUAUUAUCCAGUGUUUUUAGACUGUUUCAAGCCUCAUUGCAAACAGUCUUCCUUUUAAGUGGAAUGCGAAAGUCGUCAUGGCGACGUGAACAAGAGAGACAAAAGCCUGGGCGGGAAUAUGUCACAUUCUUGUUAGUCAGUAACAUUGCAUUGUGGGGCCUCAAUACGUUUGAAAUUCAGAGGUCUCGGGCAAACCCAGUGCAACUAGAAUUUUACGGAUUUGUGGCCUGGACAAUUUUUAAUCAUUUAUCUGUCCCAUUGACCAUUUUCUUCCGGUUUCACUCAACAGUGUGUCUGUCAAAUAUCUGGAAAAGUGCAUGGAAAAGACGGAUGCCGGCAGUUUAAACGUCUUUCAUCUACUUUUUGCACAAUUAUAAAAAUAACCAUCAGAUAAAUGAUUGUAUUUGCUAUAUAUAUUGCCACCAACUUUUUCAUAUUUCUCAAACAUUCAUCAAUGUCUUUAUUUUUAUAUUCAUAAACACAUUUUUUUUAAUGAAAUCAUAAGUCCGGAGAUUUAAAGAUUUAUUUUUGUACUACUAAAAUAUCUUUUCAUUGCCAAAGGGCUUCAAAGAAGUUACUAUUGUUCUUAUGUGUUCAAUUUAUAUGAUGUGCUUUUAUUUCAAUUAUUUUAUGUCAUUUAAAAUAAAUUCCUAUAGUACUGAUAUCUUUGAAACAAACGUAAAAAUCCGCAUGUGAACUUGAGACUGCAUAUUUUAAGAACUUAAUAUACUUCCUAUUUUUAAACUGCAUUUAUAAUGAAUAAUUGCUCAGCAAAAUUGGCCAAAAGCACAAAAAUAAUCUAAUAUUGGAAAGAUUCAGCGAAUUUGAGACUUUUUAAGUAAAUAUACAUCUUUUGUUAAACUGGUUGAAGUUAAUGGUCCAGUAAACUAUUAUGCAAAUUUUGAUAGGAUGUACAAGAUGAAACCUGAAUACCGACAUGCGUUCAGGAGAUAAUGGUAUCUUUCAGUCUUUCUUUAUAAUGUAAUAUACAUGUAUAAUAUCUGCAUCAAAUAUUAAUAAAACAGUGGAGAA